UCAGCAGUCCACACUCACCCACCUUCCGAACCAAACAAGCAAGGAAGCUGCAUGGCACUUUCCCCUGUUGCGACUUGCGUGUCUGAGAAUCGUCGCCCAUUCCAGGCAUUCUUCAGGCAUUUCUUUCCUUCCAGCAAGAGAAACGCAACGCGGCUGAAGGAACGUACCUUCCCAUUCGUCACACACGCGCGGCACAGGUGUCGCCUCACACAACCAUGAUCCCCAACUUAAUCUCAUCGACUCCCGCCUGCCCUGCGGCGCAGCAGCUUCCUUCUCCCUCCCUCACAAUGCCGUCGUCGUCUUCCACGAGCCUUGCCAUCGUCGCCGAGCUCGACUACAUUCCUCUCCUCCUUCCGCCUGCGAUGCGCUGAUUCACAGCUCGCCGAAUCUGAAGAUGAUCGCUAUCAAUUCUCGUUUGCGGACGAUACUCCCCCUAGCUGCUCUCUUCGCCCUACUCCUCGUUCUUGUUCGCUUCCAUGAAAGCAUUAUAAAUCUCGAUUCACUGUAUAGCCUCGCGAAGCACACGAAGACAACGCCGCCAUCUUCGAGUGGCAAGGAUAACAAGCAGUCGCUCUCCUCCGAGACCCCAGUCUACAAGCCAGUGCCGACCUAUACCUCGCCCCCGGUAAUCGACCCCUUCCCCCUCCUCGCCAACACCGACUCGCCGCCCCCCUCGAUCCCCGCGCAUAACGUUCCCCGCGAUGACCUACAUAAAGACUACGGUCUUGAUGCGCAGCCGCCGCUAUUCAUCGGCUUUACCCGCCAGUGGCCCAUCCUUCUCCAAUGCGUCGUUAGCUACAUCACAGCAGGCUGGCCGGCCUCUAGCAUCCACGUCCUCGAGAACACGGGUGUUCAGUUCGCCAACGCUCAGGGCAAACUCUCCCUCCAGAAUCAGUUCUACCUGAACCACACGACGCUCAAGCGGUUAGGAGUCAACGUCAUUCAGGCACCUGCCCUGCUCUCCUUUUCGCAGAUGCAGAACAUGUUCCUGCACGAGGCGCACAAGAACAACUGGCCAUACUACUUUUACUCUCACCAGGACGUUCUCGUCUUCUCCUUUGAGGACGGCAAGGACGACACCCACCGGCCCGGCGACCGAACAUGGGAAUUCUACGACGAGGAGGAGCAAAAUGAGAUCAUGAACCCGCCUGCGGCAGGACAGCAGGGGUACCGCACAAUAUACGAGAACUGCCUGCGCGAUCUCGAUACCACGCUGAAGCGGAAAGAGAAGUGGGGGUUCCGCUGGUAUCAAUACGACCACCUAACACUGGUGAACCGCGCCGCGAUGGACGCCAUUGGCGGAUGGGACUCGCUGAUUCCGUACUACGCGACCGACUGCGACAUGAACGCGCGCCUGGCCAUGGAUGGCUGGACGAUGAAACACCGACGGGCGGGUAUCAUCAACGACAUCUCGACGCACCUCGAGGACCUCUCUGCUUUAUACCGGAUUCCGGGAACCAUCCCGAAGAUGGUUGACCCAAAUCCCCCGCCCCCGCCUCCGCCCCCGCCGCCAGCCGAGAAGAAGCCCGAGGACGAGCAGAAGGGCGACAAGCGAGACGACGACCCCGCGGCGACUACGAAUGCCACUGUCGUCAACGAGGCGGAGUACUUCCGCGCCGUGGUCCAGACGGGCCUCGAAAUGACAAAUUACAAGUACAGAGACAGCGACCACAACCGCAACUCGUGGCAAAAAAGCCAGCACGGCGGCGAGGGCGAGCCGUAUUACUACGAUGCCGCUGGGUUCGCAGAGGCCUUUGAGGUGCUCGUCGCUGCCGGGCGCCGGGUCUUUGAGCUGAAGUGGGGACGCGGCGGGUGCGAUAUCGCCGAGGGGUUCGGGUUGAAGAUUACGGACCAGUGGCGCGUCUUGCCUCCGGAGAAGAAGGAUCGAUGAGAUGGGAGUGGUGGUUGAAUGGGCUUGCUUUUGCACGAGUCACGCCGAUGACGUCUUUUUUGGGGGGAUGCGAUGUCACUCGUUGGUUUCAUGGAGUCGAUAAUGACUCGUCACAUACGGACCUGAAUCAGUGGUCCACAGAGCUGUGAAGGAAGUCUGGCGAUACAAGGUCAAGAUAGUGAAAGGCGUAAUGGUUUUAGACAAGCACCUGUGAAGCAUCAUCUCACUCGGUCAAAAUAAGGCAA